AUGCUUGACCUUCUUCCUCUCCAUGGUACAACCAAGGGUACAGAUAUUUUUGAAGCUGUGAAUAAGUUGGUGUCAGACUACGGGGGAUUUGAUAAAUGUUCCUGUAUUGUCACUGAUGGCGCCAGAGGUAUGACAGCGACUGAAAUUGGAUUUGCAGGACUAUUGAAACAAAAUAGCAUUAACUGUCCUAUGAUACAUUGUAUUGUUCACCAAGAGAGCUUAUGUGGAAAAUCUUUACGUCAAAUAAAUGUCAUGAAAGUGGCUGUUAAAAUAACUAAUAUUGUUAGAGGGGGCAAUCGUGCUUUGACUCACACAAAGAUUCGUGAUUUUUUGGCUGAAGUGGAUGCUAUAUAA